UGUUUCUGCUUUUCUUCUUCUUCUCCUGACAGCCCCCCAAGCCCUCUAGCCACCGACUCAUUUCUUGAGAAAAUUGGUGACCAAGCUUGGGAUUUUCUCCUUCUUUUCUUGAUAAGUAACAAGAUUUGGGACUCAGAACACUUUUCAAAACCCAGAAAUUUUCCAGAUCUGCGCUGUUUUCUUCUUCUUGUCCGCCGGCUGCUAUGUGGGUGUGAGAUUUUUGGGCUUUUUCUGGUAAGAUUUAGCCAUGAAUCCCUCUCUUUAACCUUGAUUUAGGUUGGGUUUACUUUAAUUGCUUUUAUUCCCUUCCAAUUUCUGGUAGAGCCGUGAGCAUCCCCCCUGCAAUUCCGUCAGCCCCCAUGCUCGCCUGGUGCGGGUUCUGCUGGCCGAAAAAAAAAGAGAAGGAAUUCUGGGGUCACCACCACCCGCCCCGUAUAAGAAAACUCCACCCCGAACCCCAGGCAAGUUUUUUUCUUCGCCUGUACUCGGAGACGAAGGGGAACGACAGGGAGCUACUAGCUGUUGCUUGGUUCAAAGGAAAUCGCUUUUGCCUCCUUCGAAUCCCAAAUCUCUUUCCAAGCUGAAGGUUUUUCUGCUCGCUUUGUGAAUCGGGGGUUUGUUAUUGUUCUGUAAAUCAUUCGCCAUGGCUCCGGAUCCGAACAGCGCCAGCGGCAGUGGAGCCCGUGACGAGGCCUCGCUUAAGGUUCCGUCCAAGGAUCCUAAAAGGAAGGACGAGAAGAAGGAAGAGGAUCUGUCUGAUGAGGAUUUGGCUUUGAAGCAACAAUUAGAACUUUAUGUGGAAAGGGUUCAGGAUCCUGAUCCUGGGUUGCAGAAGGUUGCUCUUGAGAGCAUGAGGCAGGAAAUUCGUACCUCAACAAGUUCCAUGACUUCAGUUCCAAAACCAUUGAAGUUUCUUCGUCCUCAUUAUGGAACUCUUAAAGUGUAUUAUGAGACAAUGCUAGAUUCAGAUUUGAAGAAAUAUCUGGCUGAUAUACUUUCUGUGCUAGCAUUGACCAUGUCUGCAGAGGGAGAGCGGGAGAGUUUGAAGUACAGAUUGCUGGGUUCAGAUGGUGACAUUGGUUCAUGGGGCCAUGAGUAUGUGAGGAACUUGGCUGGAGAAAUUGCACAAGAGUAUAUGAAGCGACAGAGUGAAGAGGCCCCAAUUGAAGAUCUAAUGGAGCUUGUGCAACAGAUUGCUGCUUUUCACAUGCAGCACAAUGCGGAACCUGAAGCUGUUGAUCUCUUGAUGGAGGUUGAAGAUCUUGAUCUUUUAGUUGAGCAUGUGGACAAAGCAAAUUUCAAAAGAACCUGUCUGUACCUCACUAGUUCAGCAAGGUACCUACCUGGACCAGAUGACAUGUUAGUUUCGGAUAUUGCAUACACUAUUUAUGUCAAAUUUGAGGAAUUUGCAAAUGCACUUCAGAUUGCACUCUUUCUUGAUAACCAGCAGCAUGUGAGGCAGGUUUUUGAAUCAUGCGAAGAUGCCUUAAUGAAGAAGCAGUUUUGUUAUAUCCUUGCCCGACAUGGAGUAACUUUGGAGCUUGAUGAGGAGAUGGUUGCAGAUGACAAUGAAAGAGAGGCAUGCCAGGAAAUCUUAAACAAUGCUAAAUUAAGUGAAGGUUACCUCACUCUUGCUCGUGAUAUUGAGGUUAUGGAGCCCAAGUCUCCUGAAGAUAUCUAUAAGGCUCACUUGCUUGAUGGAAGAGCUAGUGCUGGUGCAAGUGUUGAUUCAGCCAGGCAGAACUUGGCUGCUACAUUUGUAAAUGCAUUUGUUAAUGCUGGCUUUGGUCAGGAUAAGUUAAUGACAGUCUCAUCAGAUGCUUCAAGUGGCGGUUCAUCUGGAAACUGGCUUUUUAAAAAUAAGGAACAUGGAAAGACCAGUGCUGCAGCAAGUUUGGGUAUGAUAUUGCUGUGGGACGUUGACUCUGGCCUUGCUCAAAUGGAUAAAUAUCUCCAUAGCAAUGACAACCAUGUCAUUUCUGGAGCAUUGUUAGGAGUUGGGAUUGUCAACUGUGGUGUUAAAAAUGAUUGUGAUCCUGCACUAGCACUUCUAAAUGAAUAUAUUGGUAAAGAAGAUCCGUCAAUCCGAAUAGGUGCAAUAAUGGGCCUAGGUAUUGCAUAUGCAGGUUCUCAGAAUGAGCAGGUUCGUUGCAGCUUGAUUCCCAUACUAAAUGAUGCAAAAGCUCCCCUUGAUGUGAUUGCAUUUACUGCAAUCUCUUUGGGCUUGGUGUAUGUGGGCUCCUGCAAUGAGGAGGUUGCUCAAGCCAUCAUUUUUGCUUUAAUGGACCGGAACGAGUCAGAAUAUGGGGAACCCCUGACUCGGUUUUUGCCUCUUGCGCUUGGUCUUCUGUAUCUUGGGAAGCAGGAAAGUGUGGAGGCAACUGCAGAAGUUUCAAAGACAUUUCAUGAAAAAAUACGAAAAUAUUGUGACAUGAUACUGCUUUCUUGUGCUUAUGCUGGAACUGGAAAUGUUCUUAAGGUGCAAAACCUUCUUGGUCAUUGUGCUCAACAUCUUGAGAAGGGUGAAACCCACCAGGGACCAGCUGUGCUUGGCAUUGCCAUGGUAGCAAUGGCAGAAGAGUUGGGUCUUGAGAUGGCAAUUCGUUCACUAGAGCACCUCUUGCAGUAUGGUGAGCAGAAUAUUCGUCGAGCUGUUCCUUUGGCACUUGGUCUCCUUUGUAUUUCUAAUCCAAAGGUGAAUGUUAUGGACACAUUAAGCAGGCUUAGCCAUGAUACAGAUUCAGAAGUUGCAAUGGCUGCAGUUGUCUCCUUGGGUUUGAUAGGUGCUGGAACCAACAAUGCUCGCAUAGCUGGCAUGCUUCGGAAUCUUUCAAGCUAUUACUACAAAGAUGCCAGCCUUUUGUUCUGUGUACGAAUUGCUCAAGGUCUAGUACAUUUGGGGAAGGGCUUAUUGACUCUUAAUCCUUACCAUUCUGAUCGCUUCCUGUUAUCACCGAUUGCACUUGCUGGUUUGAUUACCAUGCUGCACGCAUGUCUUGAUAUGAAAGCUAUUAUGCUGGGAAAAUAUCAUUAUGUCCUCUACUUCCUUGUUCUGGCAAUGCAGCCAAGGAUGCUGAUGACUGUGGAUGAGAAUCUCAAGCCUUUGUCAGUACCAGUGCGGGUAGGUCAGGCUGUCGAUGUUGUUGGUCAGGCUGGCCGGCCAAAGACUAUCACCGGUUUCCAGACCCACUCUACCCCAGUUCUGCUUGCUGCAGGUGAUAGAGCUGAAUUGGCAACUGAGAAGUAUAUUCCCCUCUCACCCAUUCUUGAGGGCUUUGUCAUCUUAAGAGAGAACCCGGAGUACACCGAGGAUCAUUAGGAUGGCCAAGCAGAGGACAAGUUGUGAUUUGUUUGGGCUUAAACUGAAUCUCUGAUCUGCAGUUCCCUUUGAGCUUAUGAUAGAACACCAAAUUUCGACUGCGCUUUCAAGAAUGUCAGGCUGGAUGAAACAGUUCCACUUCAAUCUUCAAUUCAAGUUCCACCCGAGGAGCUGCAUUGGCAAGGUUGAGUAAGCAUUUCUUUUUUCAAGUUACCAGGGAAGGAAAACUAGCUUUCAUACUGACUGAUAAGCUCCUGGAAGGGAAAGAACUGUAUUUAAUAACAUCGUGUAUCUGUUAGUAGAUUGGCUUCGGGCUACUGCCUUAAAAGUAAAACAUCUUUCAGUCUUCGCUGACAUCUCCGGUUUUUAUUGUCUGAAGGUAGUUUCCAACUAUUUUCAUGAUUAAAAGCGGUUAUUAAAGGAUUAAAAGUUUA